AUGCCUGAAAGCGCGUCGCCAAAAACCGUCACACACGCUAAAAGUUUUCCGACACAACCACUUCCAUUGUGUGCGGAAUCUCCCAAUCUACACAACCAGUGCGCCUGCCGUCGUGGUUCCCUCACCGUCGUCGUCCUCCGCGGCACAAUCAGCGCUGGCAAACUCGGUACUCCCGAACAAGACCUCAAUGAGAUCCGUCAACAACCCUAUUCACGUAGCCGGCGCAUGGAGCCUCACCACAUCCUCGAAGAAGUUCAAUCCUCACACAGCAAUAACAACAACAAUUACGGAGCUUUCGAUAUUUCGAAGAUCCUCGUUGACGAAGGUGGUGAUGAUGAAAAGCGUGAUCAAAAAACGCCUUACACGCUUGGACCAAUCUCCGAUUGGGAUGAACAACGAUCUGAAUGGCUUAAAAAGAAUAACCAUGAUUACCCUAAUUUUACUAGACCGAAUAAACCACAUGUUCUUCUUGUUACUGGUUCUUUGCCAAAACCGUGUGAGAAUCCCGUUGGUAAUCAUUAUUUGUUGAAAUCGAUUAAAAACAAGAUUGAUUAUUGUAGGCUUCAUGGAAUUAAAAUUCUCUAUAACAUGGCUCUUCUUGAUGCUGAGAUGGCUGGUUUUUGGGCUAAGCUUCCUCUGAUUAGGAAACUUUUGUUAUCUCAUCCUGAAAUUGAGUUUCUACGGUGGAUGGAUAGUGAUGCUAUGUUUACUGAUAUGACUUUUGAAGUUCCAUGGGAGAGGUAUAAAGAUCAUAAUUUUGUGAUGCAUGGUUGGAAUGCAAUGAUUUAUAACAUUGGUAGUUUUUUGUUGAGGAAUUGUCAAUGGUCGCUUGAUAUUCUUGAUGCUCAGAGGACACGUGUUGCAAAUGCUUACUUCUCCUUGUUUAUGGCCAUUGGUAACAUUCUUGGCUAUGCAACUGGGGCAUACAGUGGUUGGUACAACAUUUUUACUUUCACACCUACCCCUGCAUGCUCUAUUAGUUUUGCAAAUCUCAAGUCAGCUUUCUUUCUUGACGUUGCUUUAAUUGCGGUCACAAUGUACCUCAGCCUUGUGUCUGCUCAUGAAGUGCCUCUAAGUUCAAGUAGGGCAGUGCAUGCCGGAGAAGGGACAAGUAGUGCGGAAGAAGCUUUCAUGUGGGAAUUGUGUGGGACACUUAAAUAUUUUUCAUUUCCUAUAUGGAUUGUACUGUCUGUAACUGUUCUGACAUGGAUUGAAUGGUUCUUAUUUAUUCACUUUGAUAUUGACUGGAUGGAUCAAGAAGUUAGUGGUGAUCCAAAUGGAGGCCUUAUUUAUGAUACUGGAGUUAGAAUGGGAGCACUUGGUUUGUUGCUUAACUCAGUUGUUCUUAGAGUAACAUCACUGCUUAUGGAAAGGCUAUGCAGGAAGGGGGGGGCUGGUUUUGUGUGGGGAAUCUCAUAUAUCUUGAUGACUAUUUGCUUACUUGCAAUGUUAGUAUUAACCUAUGUGGCAAAUAGCAUUGCCUGUGUAGGUAAAGGUCUACCACCAUUAAUAGGCAUUAUGGUCGCAAUGCUAGCAAUCUUUACCAUUCCUGGGUUUCCACUGGAAAUCAAUUAUAGUGUUCCAUAUGCCUAUUUGGGACUUGGCCAAUGGUUAUUAUUAAUGGGUGUCCUGAUUCUGAGAAUAGUGGUCCCACAGAUUGUCAUGUCCUUGCGAAGUAGACCGUGGGAUCAUAUUUUUGGUGGAGGAAACUCUCCAGCCUUUGUCGUGGCACCUGUUGUAGCCCUUAUGAGUGGGUUCUUAGUUGACAAGUUUGGAAGAUUUGCAAUUCAAUUGAUGGGAUUCUUCUUGGUGCAUGAUUAUUCUCUCUUCGAUUGUUCCGGAUCUGUCCUUCAAUUUUGAUCAACGAAAAUAUGUGUCAUUGUUCAAACAGCCGUUAUCUCUUCUGUUUUGGACGCAUUUUCUUAUUCUAUUGAUCGAUCACGACUUCCUUUCGUUAGAGUCGCACUGCGUCUUCUUCGGUGUUUGUCAUGCAAUUUAGUUAUUAUUAAUAGAUUAUAAUAGUGGCUUAUAUUCCCACCGACGAUCAUUUCGGUGGUGUCUCUUUUUCUACAUAUGAAUUAUAUUAGUGAUGACUUAUUCCGUUGGUGGUUAUUCUAACGGUGUCUUUUAUUUUCAUGACUUACUUUAUCUUGGCAAUUUUUCUCUGAUGCACUGGCCUUGUCUUUCUCUCCUUGAAGUACACCUCUCUCUCGUUGAAGCAGAUUCAAGUUUAAAUAUUUUAAGCCUCUAUUAAUAUUGGUUUGAAGCUUCCAAAUGCAGUUUUUUAGAAGAACGGAGCUUGCUUUGUUCAAUUGCUUGCCAUGAAUUUCUCUCAAGCUGAUGAUCAAUUAGGCUAUCUGACUAGGCUAUAUUUAUAACAAUUUUCUCCGACUUCACAUGCAUCCCUGAGUUGCCUCUCCAUCUUUUUUUUUAU